CAGCUGGGUUCCCAUGUGGGUGCCUGCUGCGCCCUCGGUGGGAACACGUGUCUGAGUGCUCUGCUAAAGCCAUCGCCUCCCACCUGCCUCUGAGCCCGGACCACGGCCUGCAGCGCGUUGCCAGAGCACUGUUUACGUUUGUUUUAUGCUGGUCUCCUUGGGAACCUCAGACCAAGGGCGCUGGCUUCCAGGGCCAGCCAGGGCGGAUGGGUGCGGAAAGCUCCUCCCUGUGUGGCCUGGAGGGCGUGGGACGAGACCUGUAGUUGCUCUGCUGGCCCUCAGGCCUAGAAGGCGGCUGCUGGACCUGUCACGUCCAGGAUGGGCAACUCCGGGAGGGCCCUGACUCUCCUCCUUAUUAUUGUGCCCACAUACUUGGGUGGGGCUUCGUCGCAGGAAGCCGGUCCUGCAGGGCAGAGGAAACCAUUUUUCGAGAGGCUCCGUAGACUGGAAGAGCAGUUCCAGAAUUUCCAGGAGGUGACCUUGGCAUACCUGCAAGGCAUCGCCCACAGCUACAACGUGUCCUCCGUCCGCGCCCAGUUCCAGAGCCUGGCAGCAGAGAGCCGGAUGGUGGCUCUGGUAGCCAACCAGACCCAGGCCGCCGUGCAGGGAGGCCUGGCCCACCUGAAGGCCUGGAUGAGGAAGACCCAGCACAGGAGCCAGAAGGCAGAGGCGAGGCUGCAGGCCUUGGACCUGGCCCUGAGCCAGAAGAGCCAGCGGCAGGCCCAGGAGAGCGAGGAGCAGAGGGAGGCCGCCGCGAACCUGGCCCUGGACAUGCGGGCCCUGCGGGACACGCUGGCCCGCCUGUCGCAGCUUGUGCAUGGGCAUGGUGCCCGUCUGGCUGCUCUCGAGGGGUGGCUGCAGAAGGCCCAGCCCAAGCUGCCCAGCCCCGACUCCCUGAAGCUGCAGAGGGACAGGCAGGCCCUCACAGCUACACCUGAACACGGGAACCCCCCGAGGGGCUUCACUGCCCGUCUUCAGGGCACACGGGAGCACCCAGCCCCAGGUGGCCAUCUGGCUCCUGGUGGUACUGCAGCCCCCAGGGACCCUGCUCAGCAGGCACAGCCCCGUCAGGGACCAGGAGAAAUUUGCGACGUAGGCCCUGUGCUCAUCUUCCCAAACGCCUCCACUGAGAACGUGGUCUUCCUCAGCCCCGGCUUCCUCAAGGCCCUGCGAGCCCUGUCCUUCUGCAGCUGGGUCCGCACGAGCUCCGGCCACCUGGGCACCCUCCUCUCCUAUGCCACUGAGGGGAAUGACAAUAAGCUGGUACUGCACGGCCGUGCCUCCCUGACCCCCGGCUCCGUCCACUUCGUGAUCGGAGACCCAGCUUUCCGGGAGCUGCCCCUGCAGUCAGUGCUGGAUGGCCAGUGGCACCAUGUCUGUGUCAUCUGGACAUCCAUCCAGGGUAGGUACUGGACCCAUGUGGACCGCAGGCUAGUGGCCACUGGCUCCCGCUUCAGGGAGGGCUAUGAGAUCCCUCCUGGAGGGUCCCUCGUGCUGGGCCAGGAGCAGGACAGCGUGGGGGGUGGGUUUGACAGCUCCGAGGCCUUCGUGGGCAGUGUGUCUGGCUUCGCCAUCUGGGACCGGGCACUGGUGCCUGCGGAAGUUGCAAACCUUGCCACUGGGAGAGGGUUCCCAGCAGGUGCCGUCCUGACACUGGCUAACGCCACAUCGGUGGGUGGGUUUGUGCAGAGGGCCAACUGCACCUGCCUGCAGCGCUGUCCCCAAGGUGCCAUGUGAUGGGACAGCCCUGCUGGCCUGGCCCUGCUGAGCACGUACCUGCCGUGAGCUGCAGCCCCGUCCUCUGUCUACCACAUAGACACCAUGCGUGCCAACACUGCUGCCCUCUCUCUUUUGUCGUAUUUAGAACAUACUUUAAUGAGACACGUUCUCACCAACUUUAAACAACAAGGGUUUGCCUUUUCCAACCCGAAGCUGCUCUGGCAUCAGGACUUCACUGCGUCAGGUCCCACGGGCUUCAGACGCCGCUGCGCCGCUGGCCCCGUGCUCUGAGGCUGUGCUAGACCUGGCCUCUGCGGCGGCCUGGGCAGCAUCGGGCUGACUCCUAUCGAAUCGGACCACUGCAGUUCUGCAUCCACUGGCGGGAUGUUCUCACGGACUGGAGGGGUCUGCUCUCUCUAACCAAGCGUCUUUACUGUACCUUUCCCCAGUACGGACGUGGCUCGCACUUCCCAUUCUGGUAACAAUGCAGCGCAUGGGGGCCUGUGGACCCUGCUGUAUUUUUCAUGAUCAGCCACUGAUCAGCCACUGAAGGUUGAAAUACUUCAUGUGGUGUUCUUUUUUUUUUUUUUUUUUGGAGAGAUUUUCGCUAUAGCACGCCAG